GUGGUGUGUUUUAGUCAAGCCUGGGGCUUGUAAUUUAGUGAAAAAAAAGUGUAUGUAAGAUGUAAUUGGUGGUAACCCAGCUGUAUGCAGCAUUUGUAACUUGACAUGACCGUAGUCCAGCUGUAGUCAGCUGUUCCCCGAGUCCGGUCCUGCGCAGAGAGUAUCAGAAAUGGUGGGGUCGCAAAUGUUUGGAACUCCUGCAGCCAUGUUUAGUAGAAUUUCAGUUCGCAUCGAACGGUUGUGAAAGUUGUGCAUUGUGUGUCACAAAUUUACAACUUAUUUCCUUAUUUUUAUUUCCCCCUUGUUUUGCACCAAAUCCUCGAAAGUAGCUUUCCGUUGCGCGUUCGUUUCCGUUGAAGAAAAAGGGCAAAAUUAAAGUGUGGAGCAGUGCGUUAACAUGACGGUGAAAUUAAAUUUAAUUACAAGUUCUCUUUACAAGGACUCGAAAUUAGCAUUUUACCACCAAGUUCACUCGUAAUUCGUCCAGUGACUCGUAAUGAAACAAACUAGUGUCCUAGUGUAGGAAAGGAAAGUCGCCGUUUUCGCAUAAGCCGACCGCAAGGAUAACGAGUAGUCAAAAGGCUUUGUUAAAAAACCCGUCGACCGAGCCGAGUCCUGGUGCGGUGGUGGUGACUAUCACGGGAGGGAAAAAACAGCGUCGAACUGGUGCAGUAUUUGAUGGCUGUGGUGGGCCCCAGCCGCCACUCAAGGGUGUCCAUGUCCGUGUCCAUGAGUCUGAUGCAGGGUACCGCCGGCCCCACCGCCGGGGGGCAGCAAGGGGGCCUGCACGCGGCGCAGCCCUACUACCACCCCCAGCAUGCAGCGGCCCCGGCGCACACCCAGGAGCAGGUCCAGCCGGACCGACCGAUCGGAUACGGAGCUUUCGGAGUCGUUUGGGCGGUGACGGAUCCCCGCGACGGCAGGAGGGUCGCCCUGAAGAAGUUACCGAAUGUGUUCGCAUCGUUAGUUUCAUCGAAAAGAGUGUUUAGAGAACUGAAAAUGCUCUGCUUUUUCAAACACGAAAACGUUCUUUCCGCCUUAGAUAUCCUCCAACCGCCUCACUUAGACUUCUUCCAGGAAAUAUAUGUAAUAACGGAAUUGCUUCAAAGCGAUUUACACAAAAUUAUAGUAUCACACCAGCCUCUUUCCUCGGAUCACAUCAAGGUGUUUCUCUACCAGAUACUUAGAGGUUUAAAAUAUUUACAUUCGGCUAGGAUAUUACAUAGAGACAUAAAACCUGGAAACCUUUUAGUAAACAGCAAUUGUGUUCUUAAGAUCUGUGAUUUUGGUUUAGCGAGAGUAGAAGAACCCGACUCGUCCAAACAUAUGACCCAAGAAGUGGUAACGCAGUAUUACAGAGCUCCGGAAAUUCUAAUGGGAGCGAAACAUUACACGGCGGCUGUGGACGUGUGGUCUGUCGGGUGCAUUUUCGGGGAAUUACUGGGCCGGAGGAUACUGUUCCAGGCCCAAAAUCCCGUACAACAAUUAGAAUUAAUAACGGAAUUGUUAGGAACGCCGUCGUUGGACGAUAUGAAAUACGCCUGCGAAGGCGCCAAGACGCAUAUGCUGAGGAGGGCGCCCAAGCCGCCUUCGUUAUCGGCUUUUUACACGCUGAGUUCACAGGCGACGCACGAAGUGGUCCAUCUGCUCUGUCAGAUGCUCGUUUUUGACCCGGACAAACGUAUCUCGGUAGUGGACGCCUUGGCGCACCCCUAUUUGGACGAGGGCCGUCUGCGGUACCACUCGUGCAUGUGCAAAUGCUGCUACACGACAGCCAGCGGCAUGAGACAAUACACGUCCGAAUUUGAAACGACCGCCCCCCAAGGAUUCGACGAUCAUUGGGAAAAGAAGCUGACGUCUGUACAACAUGUGAAAGAGGAGAUGCAUAAGUUCAUAGCAGAGCAACUGAAUACUAGUAGAGUUCCUCUUUGCAUAAACCCCCAAUCUGCGGCGUUCAAGAGUUUCGCCAGGAAAGAAAAAGGCUGUGAACCUUUCAAGAAGACCCUAGAAAUUCUGUUAUCACCUGUCAUCUUUCUCUGUGCUGCGUGACUACAUUUUUGUUUAGUUCGACUGUAGCUCACCCAUCCGAGUUGCCUCCUUCGCCCCACCAAUGGGAUUGACCAUGGGGUGUUGUCCGUAGAUAACCACUCUCUUCUCGUCUCUUUCCGUUGUUCGAUGAACAAUAAUUAUUUAUAAGUAACAGUACACCAAAUAUAUUCAUUCAGGGAUUCUAUGCAAUGCAAAUUAUGGACAAUGGACAAUCGCGCUGCAACUUAUCGUAGUGUGUGUUUCGUGUAUAUUUAGUCGCUCAGAGUGUGAUUUUAUCUAUACCAUGUAGAUCAGCCAAUUUAGAUACAGUGUACAGAUAUCACUGCCUUGAUUAGUAUAAUAGAAUUUUUAGUUGAAUAAGACUGGCAGGUUUUUUAUGUUGGGCGGUUGAUCACAUGUCGGUAUUCCAACCAGAAUCAAAAUUUUUCACUCAGCUCCACCACUCCCGACAUCGAUUUAACUGCCUUCGACAAGCACCAAGUUUACCGCAAAUUUGGUAGUUUAACGUUAAUUUAAGACUUGUAAGGUAAAGACUGUGAAUAUAGCUACAUAUAAACCCAGAAACGAUGUGCAGCUCUAUAAAUUCCUUUAUAGCGAACUUCAUGUUAUAAUUGCCAACUUUACAUAUAAAUAGUAUGUACUGUAGUGUAUUCAGUGUGAGUUGUUAAGUGUGCAAUGAGAUUAGAGACUGGGAAAACUCGGCUCGAGUUCAGCUCUCCUCUGUUCAUUAGUUGACAUUUUUUUACUAAGCCGAUGUAGUGUAAUGGAAGUGAAUUGGUUAUACAGUGGCCUUUACUUUGUAUUAGCUCAUUUGGAACUCUGAUUUGACGCUCAAUGUGCUAUUUUACGAUUGGUUCAGUUGGUAGCACCGCAAGCCUCCUACAGGGAAAUUAUAGGCUUUUAUCGUGUUUUUGUAAAUAUUAUAUUUUUAUUGUGAGAGGAAAUUGACACUUUAGGUUUAGCAUAAGUUUAGUAAAUUUUAUUAAGUGUAAUUUUUCUGUAGGAAAUUUUAGUAACCUUGUUUUAACGAAAUUUGUAGCUACUUUAAUUCUUUGUAAAUAACACAACAGUACACUUAAGUCACUAUCCUUCUUUCGACUGCUAUUUUGCAAAUGAUUACGACCAAACAACAAAUUAUUUGCAAAGUUGGUGAUUUGAUAAAAUGUUGUAAAUAGUCAUGUUUACUCUUUCGUAGGUUUAGUUAAUUGUAUUCUAAUUCUAGCAGAAAUUGACGAAAAAAAUUCAGAAAUAUUUUCAUGUCAAUAACCACAACAUGUAAAUAUUGUCCGGCGCUUUUCGAGUUCCAUUAGCAUUAUUUAACGAAUUUGUGUAAUUAUUCCAAUGGUUUUUCCAGAGAUCUCAUACGCGUAUGUAAAUAUAUUUUAUAAAGGCACCUCUCUUGCUCAAUAUUAUUGCGCAAUAACUAUUACGCAAUACUGUAACUACUUAUUUUAUCAGUUCGCCCUUUAACGUUCAAUAUUAUGCAAAAUUCUAUUGCAUGACAAUAUUGGGCGUGUAGGGCUGCCUUUAUUCAGACUUUUUUCGAGUAAUGGUCAGUCUAUGUUUACUUUAACUUAGUAUACUCUGAUAUGAAAAAAUAAACAACACUUAUGUACCAA